AUGACUUUUGUUCCUGCACCCGGCUACCUUCCCAACUACAACCCAGCAUUGCCCUUCAACAAGACCAUCCCAGGAGGCCUGAAAGUGGGGAUGGCCAUCUACAUCGAAGGUGUGCCCAACAAGGACACGAAGAGGUUUUUGGUGAACUUUGCGUUGGGACCUGAACCAGAAGCCGACAUCGCCUUUCACAUCAACCCUCACUUUGACAGUGAGGAUAAGGUUGCCUUCAACUCACAGCAGUCGGGCCAGUGGGGCAAAGAGCAGAUGAAAAACAGCUUUCCCUUCAAAGAGGGGGAGCGCUUCGAGCUGCUGGUGAUGGUCAUGCAGGAGCACUAUAAGGUGAAAGUGAAUGGAAAUCCUUUCUAUGAGUUUGUGCACCGAAUGCCCUUCCAGGACGUCAACCACCUGCAUGUACAGGGGGACCUGGUUUUUCAAUCUAUCAACUUCAUUAACUGCAGUUCUGGCCCUGUCCAGGGUGAUGUAAGAAGCAAUUUGAUUUCUGAUAUUCAGCUCUACACGGAGGGAUCCCCAGUCUACAACCCGCCUGUGCCAUUUGUGGUGAAUCUUCAGGGGGGCCUGACCCCAAACAGAACCUUCGUCAUCAAGGGCUUUAUAAAUCUCUCAGCUGACAGAUUUGCCAUCAAUUUUAGGUUGGGAGCCACAGGGGACAUAGCCUUACACAUCAGCCCCCAUAUCCAAGAGGGUGUUGUGGUGCGAAACAGCUUCCUGAAUGGCAAAUGGGGAGCUGAAGAGAAAGACACCUCUUUCAAUCCUUUUGGUCCAGGAAAGUCCUUUGAUCUGUCCAUCCACACCAGCUCCAGUGGCUUCCAGGUGUUUAGCAAUGGCCAGUACAUGUUUGACUUCCAAAAUCGGAUUUCGAGCCUCAACUUGAUCAACAUGCUGGAGAUCAUGGGGGAUGUCUUAUUGUCCUAUGUCCAGGUCUGA